GUUGCUUCUCAUCAGACGAAGCAAAACUUUAAGUAGUGGAACAAGCACUGAAAUUAUUUUCUAACCAUUUUGUCAUUCAAAUGGAUCCAAGCUACAACUCCUCAGAAAGUCUGGUCAGAAACUCAAGCUUUUCAGAAGAAUUGCUGUCUCAACCGUGGAAAUGUUAUGAUAAAUCAAUAAUGCAUCACCAAAAGUUCAAAAUGAUGGAGGAAUAUGGGCAGGAAAAUCCAAGAAAAGUUAAACUUGUAAAUGGUGUAAAGGUUAUUUGUUCUGAAGAGUUUUUGCUUGGUAAAGGAAGUGAUGGAACUCGUGUUUACCUUGGGCUCGGAAAAGAUGGUUACGGAAAAGCAGUAAAACGAUUGCUUCGAGAUAACUGUGUGGAGUUAGCCAAACGAGAAAAAGAUAUUUUGAAUGAGUUGAAUGCCAAGCGCUCAAAUUAUGUUGUGAAUUAUUGGUAUCUUGAAGAAGAACCAGGCACAGAUUAUUUGUAUUUGAUAUUAGAUUUGUGUGAAGAAUCGUUAGAGAGUUAUGUGAAAUCUUCUUCUUUGCAAGAUCUUCAAAAAGUCGUUCCUAAAGUUCUUAUUCAAAUCUUAAAUGGUCUAGUUAACCUUCACAGUGGUCCGUGUCCUAUUCUUCAUCGGGAUUUAAGACCAUCAAACGUUCUUCGAGAUGUGGAUGGAAAUUUUUUAAUCGCUGACUUUGGUAUAAGUCGAAAAUUAUUAAAUGAAACUUCGACACAUCAAAGCAUACAAAGAGGAGCUAAAGGUUGGAUAGCUCCAGAGUCAUAUGACGCAUCAGAUGAAUCAAUUGAUAAAGUUCGUUACAAAAAAGAGUCUGACAUUAUGAAUGCCGGAAUGGUGGCUUAUUAUGUUGCAACAAAGGGGAAACAUCCUUUUGGAAUUGAACGGCAUAGACUGGACAACAUUUUGAAAGGAAACCCAGUUGGCUUGAACGAAAUCAAGGAUGCCACGUUCAAAGACCUUUUAUCGUGGAUGCUACAGCUAAAACCGGAAGACAGACCAUCGGCCAAAAAGGCGUUAAAACACCCUUAUCUACAAUCAGAUGAAGAGAAAUUUAGCAUGCUGUGUGAUAUGGGGAACCAACUGGAGGUGAAACAUUCACAAAGUCAAAAUUCUCCCACUUCAGAUGUUCAUAAGCAGUUGCAUGGCUCCACAGAAUGGAUGAAGCGUAUCGAUGAUGAAGUCGUCAAAGAUUUGAUCAACUUUGAAGUAAACGACAGUAUAAGAACUCUAAAGUACGAGUCUACAUGGGCAGGAUGCUUAAGAUUUAUACGAAACGUUGACCAACAUUGGCAAAAUAAGCCUCGUCCGCAUCUAUCACAAUAUGUAAAGCAAGGCAAUUAUAAAAAGUAUUUCCUGCAACGUUUUCCUGAACUUCCUCUUCUGGUGCACAAAGUCAUUAGGUCACUGGAAAACGAAAUCUGUUCACAAGAAUAAUUAAGAACGUCGUGCAAUUGUUCAGGAUUUGUUUACACUAUCUACUCAUAAGUUUUAUUGUCUCGCUUUUAAAUUUAAUGACUUUUUAUUUAAACACUUUCUCACUCGAUACUGAAGUCUUAUAAUUAAUUAUGUAAUAUAUACUGUGAAAAAUUUUAAUCUCCGCAAAUGGAUAUGAUUACUUAAAAUAUUUAUAAUGGGACUGAAAAUAUUACUAAUUCGAAUGUACAGUCAUGUAGUGGCAAGGUGUCCCUUGCAAUACAUGACAUUCAUGUUGUUAAAUGAAUUAAAAUUGUAUGUGGCUGCGACUCAAAAAUAUUUAGGUUUUUGAGCGUUGGAGAUUUACCUCAUCGCAGAAUACAGCGAGGAGUUAAAAAUUGGGUAACUCCAGUCAUAUGAUCUAUCCAGCAUCCAAUCAUCAAUGUAUCUUGCUACAAGAAACAGUCUGAUGUUAUGAUAAGUGUUUGUUGUGGACAUUUAAAUGUAGUUGAAUUUUGCAAAUAACAAAUAAAGUCAAUUUUUGACGUUUCAGUAUCCACCGCCACUAACCUUGUAACUGUUAUCAUGUUUUUUAUUGAUUUUGGAAUGCACGAAUAGUAGCUUUUUAUGUUGAAACAAAUGGAAAACAUCGUUUUGUACCUGAACGGUUUUUAUUUUUUCGUAAAUGUUUUCAGUAUGAAAGCUAGUUGAUAUUGGCAAAUAGUCGAAUUCAAUUAUUUAAGUAACACUUUAUGCAAUGAAAUUUGUCAAAUUUAUUCAAUGAAAUACAGAUGAUGUUUCACUUCA